CAUUAUGGGAGUAAUUGUAGUCUUUCACCCUUCUCUACUGAAGAGGGGCGUGUCUUAACGAAAGCUCGUACUUUGUAAUUCAUUUGCCACUUUUGUGAGCACUACAUUCAAAUUUUCAAAGGAAGAAAUGACUUUGCACCGGGGAACUUAACAAGCUGGUUUAUUGUUUACGAGCGUGCUUUCCACAAAGUUUGUCACCAUGAGAAGCAGGAGCAACUCGGGCGUGAAAUUGGACAACUAUGCGCGGAUAGUGCAGCAAACUAUCCUGCAGCACCAAGAUCCGGUCACAGGCCUUCUACCGGGUAGCAGCGACCAGCCGGAUGCUUGGGUCCGAGACAAUGUUUACAGCAUCUUGUCUGUGUGGGCCCUCAGCCUAGCCUACAGGAAGAACGCUGACAGGGAUGAAGAUAAAGCGAAAGCCUACGAACUGGAGCAAAGUGUAGUGAAGUUAAUGAGAGGGAUUCUGCAGAGCAUAAUGAGGCAGCUGGAUAAAGUGGAGAAAUUCAAGUAUAGUCGCAGUACGUCUGACUCACUCCACGCCAAAUACAACACCAGGACCUGCAGCACCGUGGUCGGGGAUGACCAGUGGGGUCACCUGCAAGUGGACGCCACCUCGCUUUUUCUGCUCUUUCUCGCCCAGAUGACGGCUUCUGGUCUUCAUAUCGUUUACACCCAGGAUGAAGUGGAUGUGGUGCAAAAUCUAAUGUUCUACAUUGAGGCAGCUUACAAAGUGGCAGAUUACGGGAUGUGGGAAAGAGGGGACAAAACCAACCAGGGAAUCACAGAAAUAAACGCCAGCUCCAUAGGCACUGCCAAGGCAGCUCUGGAGGCACUAGAUGACCUCAACCUCUUUGGAGCCAAAGGUGGACCUGGAUCAGUGGUCCAUGCUCUGGCUGACGACAUCCAGCACUGCCAGUCCAUCCUGACAUCCAUGCUCCCGAGAGCAUCCAUUUCCAAAGAGGUGGAUGCCGGCGUCCUGGCCAUAAUCUCCUAUCCUGCAUUUGCCGUGGAGGACAUGAAUAUUGUUAACAUGACCAAGGAGGAGAUCAUCUCCAAGCUGCAGGGUAGGUACGGCUGCUGCAGAUUCCUCCGAGAUGGACACAAAACUCCCAAAGAGGAUCCCAAUCGUUUAUAUUACGAGUCGGCUGAGUUGAAGUUGUUUGAGAACAUUGAAUGUGAGUGGCCGCUCUUCUGGACCUACCUCAUCUUGGAUGGAAUUUUCAUCAACAGCCCUGAGCAGGUCCAGGAGUAUCAGGAGGCCCUGGAAGGUAUUCUGAUCAAGCAGAAGGAUGGAAUACGACUGCUACCCGAGCUCUACAGUGUCCCACCAGAUAAGGUCCAGGAGGAGUACAUGAAUCCUCACACAGUGGAGAGAAUUCCAAUGGGAAAGUGUCCGCUGAAGUGGGGGCAGUCACUCUACAUCCUGGGAAAGCUUCUGUCUGAGGGUUUUCUCGCCCCUGGAGAGAUCGACCCCCUGAACCGCCGCUUCUCCACCAUCCCCAAGCCAGAUGUGGUGGUGCAAGUGUCUAUUCUGGCCGAGACAGAGGAGAUCAAAGAGCUGCUCUCGAAAAACGGCAUCGAUGUGGAAACCGUGGCUGACAUUCAUCCCAUCCAUGUGCAGCCCUCAAGGGUCCUUAGCCACAUCUACGCCCGACUCGGUCGGAACCCGAGGCUCGGUUUGACGGGACGGCCCUACAGAAGAAUCGGCGUGUUGGGAACCUCCAAGUUCUACACCAUUAGGAACACAAUCUUCUCAUUCACGCCUCAGUUCCUGGACCACCAGCAGUUCUAUCUGGCGUUAGAUAAUAAAAUGAUAGUGGAGAUGCUGAGAACAGAAAUUUCCUACCUGUCAUCUCGAUGGAGGAUGACAGGAAGGCCCACUGUCACGUUCCCCAUCUCGCAGACGAUGCUGACUGAAGACCACACAAACCUGGACCCUGCUGUGCUGGCAACGCUGAACAAGCUACAGGAUGGCUACUAUGGAGGAGCAAGGAUCCAGACAGGGAAGUUGUCGGAGUUCUUGACCACCUCCUGUUUCGCUCACCUCAGCUUUUUGGAUGGUAAGGCCUCAGGCAGCAUGGGCCAUGACGAGGAGUAUAAUGGUGAUGAUGAUGCAGGUGACGUCGAGGGAUACGUGCAUGAGUUGCGCAAUGACGAUGAGGCUGAUGACCUUGCCCAGUACCUGGACCACCUCUUAGCACACGCGGCACCCAAGAAAUCCAAACCCCAGGCAGGUGGGCUGGGGAAGUUCAAGGCCGUGGCCACCAAAACAAAAGAAAUGGUGACCCUGAUGAACAAAGCCCAGGACCUCAACGUGCAAGAUGUCAAUAUGUACCUGCCCAAUAAGCUGUUUCGUUCCUGUCAGCCAUCACUCAAUCUGAAUCUUCCAGACUCUUCUGUACUUGCAGAGACUCAGGUCCCAGAGGUGACAGUGACCCAAAGUGGCGUGCCUCGGGAUGCCAGCGGAGCCAUCGAAUAUGAUGCUCUAGCUCAGCUCCUGAAAGACACACGGAGUCUGCAGGAUCAAGCCGACAUCCUCUACAUCCUCUUCAAGGACAAGGGCAUGGAGUGGGACACACGUCUGCACGGUAAAGGCCCCACGGUGCGUUUGCUGCUCACUGACUUGUAUGAGAAGGCCGGUGAGCUGAAGGACUGGGGUCUGAUCAGAAUGAUCUCUGGAAUACUGAGGAAGAAAGUGGAGGAGUUGGACUCGGCUUGCUCUGACCUGCUGGCCCACCAGAAGCACCUGACUGUGGGACUUCCACCUGAGCCCCGAGAGAAGACGAUCACUGCUCCCAUCCCUCCAGACCAGCUGGCGGCGCUCAUUGACGAGGCCAGCGACAACAACAUCAGCGUGGCCAUACUCACCCAGGAGAUCAUGGUGUACCUGGCGAUGAGCAUCAGGACACAGCCCGACUUGUUCAGUGAAAUGUUCCGGCUCCGCAUAGGGCUAAUCAUCCAAGUCAUGGCCACAGAACUCGCCCAGUCGCUCAAUUGCUCCGGGGAAGAGGCCACCGAGAGCCUGAUGAGUCUGAGCCCCUCGGAGCUGAAGAACCUCCUCCACCACAUCCUAAGCGGCAAGGAGUUUGGUGUGCAGCGUAGCGGGCGAGACACAGAAGCUGGCGUCAGUCCCGCCAUUUCCAUUCAUCACCUUGGCAAUGUGGGCGCCACCAAGAGCGAGAGGGCCGGAAUCAGCAAGCUCAAGAGCGACAUGAAAAUGCUGGAGCACAGGAUGUCUCUAACGGGGCUCAGUAAGGUGGAGCAUCGGUCCUCCUUGACCGACCCUUUUCAGGCGGAUCGUAGAGUAUCUUUGACAGACGCAGUCAAGCCGGAACAGAGUGUGACAUCCCCUCGCAAGAGCCUCCGAUCUCACUCGCUGGACAUCGACAACAUCGAGUCAGGGAGGUAUAGACUUCCCUCCAUUGAGUCGCUGGACAUUCCAGAGAGCAUCACGGUGGCAAAGGACACCAGACAUGGACAGUGGCUGCGCAGGAGGCGCCUGGAUGGCUCACUCAACCGAGUACCUAUCGGGUUCUACCAGAAAGUCUGGAAGAUUCUGCAGAAAUGUCACGGUCUGUCCAUCGAGGGCUUCGUCCUUCCUUCAUCCACCACCAGAGAGAUGACGCCCGGCGAGAUCAAGUUUUCCGUCCACGUGGAGACGGUGCUGAACCGCGUCCCGCAGCCCGAGUACCGCCAGCUGCUGGUGGAGGCUAUCUUGGUGCUCACCAUGCUGUCCGACGUCGACAUCCCCAGCAUCGGCUCCAUCAUCCACGUCGAGAAGAUCGUGCAGCUAGCCAACGACAUGUUCUGCAAGGACCAGAGGGACCUUGGAGCGGAGGAACACAUCCUGGAACGCGAUCCGUCCACCGGCGUGUGCAGACUGCUGUAUGACAGCGCCCCGAGCGGCCGCUUUGGGAGCAUGACCUACCUCACCAAGGCGGUGGCGGUGUACGUGCAAGACUUCCUGCCCAGCGGCUCGUGUGCCGUGCAGUGAGUUUAAGUUUAAUGUACUAAGUUCCUGUUAAGCAUCCUGUUCUUGUGGCCGACUCACGGAUACACCAGCACCCUUAUUUGGUCACGAUUCUGGUGCUAACACGUCAUCGCUUGAAACCACAUGCUGAAACAUGGUCAAACACUGAUUUAGUUUAUUGUUUUAUUUAUUUUACAGUUACUAAAUAAGUGGCUUAAUUCUUAUGUCAUUUGAUUAAUUUUAACGAUUAAUUCAUCUUUAAAAAGGUAGUUUUUACAGUUGUGUGUGAGAAGUGAUGGGAGCAUGAUUUUGUGUUAUUGGGAUAUUAAUUCUUGGAAGCUGAGUGUAUGCGUAUAUUUGUCAAGGUUACUUGUGAAUGUAGUGGGUUUUUUCAUAUAUACACAACAAAUAUAUAAACACAUUCCCAUUUUUCAUGAGCUGAACUCAAGUACACAAAUAUUGUUAAUGAAUAAUUCAUAAUUCAUCCACCUCCCAUGUGUGGCAUACCAACAAGUCGAUUUGAUAGCAUUCAUUCAUUCAUUUUCUACCGCUUUUUCCUCACGAGGGUAGCAGGGGGUGCUGGAGCCUAUCCCAGCUGUCUUUGGGCGAGAGGCGGGGUACACCCUGGACUGGUGGCCAGCCAAUCACAGGGCACAUAUAGACAAACAACCAUUCACACUCACAUUCAUACCUAUGGACAAUUUGGAGUCACCAAUUAACCUAGCAUGUUUUUGGAAUGUGGGAGGAAACCGGAGUACCCGGAGAAAACCCACGCAUGCACGGGGAGAACAUGCAAACUCCACACAGAGAUGGCCGAGGGUGGAAUUGAACCCUGGUCUCCUAGCUGCGCGCUAACCACUUGUCCGCCGUGGCGCCUGAUUUAAUAGCAUGAUUAUCAGAAAACCAGUCAGUAUGAUGCGUGACCAUUUGCCCAUAUGCAACUAUCUCGAGCAUCACUGGGUUACAUAUCCGGUGAGUAUGCUGACCAUGCAAGUUUUCAGCUUCCAGGAAUUGUGUACAGAUCCUUGCAACAUGGGGCUGAAUGGCAAAACAUGGACUAUUCAUACACAACCAUCACUUCAUGUUGCAGCAUGUUAAAUAAUGCACAGCCCCAUUUUACACUCACUCCCUCAUACAGUUAAACUGCACAUUUGGGAGUGGUCUUUUAUUAUGGCCAACCUAAGGCACACCUAUGCAAUAAUCAUUCAUUCAUAAUCUAUUUAUCUUGAUCUGCCACAACUGUGAGGUGAAUGAAUUAUGAAUGCUCACUAACACAGAUAUAGACAAUUUGUCAACUAUAUUUGAAAAAAAUAGGCCUUUUGUGUUUAUGCAAAAAGUUACAUCUUUGAAUUUAUCUCAUGAAAAACGGAGCAAAAACAAAGACGUAUUGUGUUUAUGUUUUUGUUGAGUGUAGUCGUGGCUUUGAGUUGUUGAAAAACUCACAUUGGUGCUGUAAGAGAUUGUUUAUUUGGUAAAAUAUGGGCAGAUUGUUGGGAUACAGCUCUAAAAAAAAGCAAUAAAAUGAAGUAUUUUGGAAAACAUCAGAGGCAAUUUGAGCAUUUCUUACAAACGGUUGUCCAUUGUUCUUUACAAUGCUCAAUACAAUGAAACAAGAAAAAAAACCAUGAAAAAUAGCAGAAGAGUUGAUAUGAUGACGCUAAUGAUAAUAAUAUAUUUUGUCCUCUAUAACAAAGCUUUCACUGUCUUUUAAAAAAAUAAUAUAUACAGCCGUCCCUCGCUGCAUCACAGUUCAAAGAUUGCUCUCUCACUCUAUUGCAUUUUUUUAAAAAAAUAAUUAAUAAAUAAUAUCUGUUUUGUUGGUUGACUAUGAUCCAUUAUUCGCCAAAGAAUGUUGAAAAACAAGUCUUGUCUGAGCAGUAGGUGGCAGUAAUGUUCCAAUGAUGAGACAUUACCUUACAUUACAUUGCCUUCACUUUCCUGUAUGGAGUCAGCAAUGGUCCAACAUUAGUGGGGGGCAAAAAUGUUAUCCUCACAUUCUGUGUGGAAAUGGUAAUUUUUUGGCUUCUUACUUCCUCCUUCUUUCCUACUUGGUUUCAAAAUGUUUUUAAAGGGGACCUAUUAUGCUCAUUUUUCUGCUCUUUGUAUUGAGUUGUAGACUCCUAUGGAGCAGCUAGCUUUCUAGAGCUUCCAGAAUCUGUACCUAUUAUUCCAGCUGUAUUUCCUUGACUUUCCAAAACGGUCUGUUUUAAUUAAUUCUACUCGGAAGGUGUAAUGGCAGAAAGUGGCCAACAGAUGACACCAAUUCGGUUUGUACAGUCAUCACUGACACCAAGCUAAUCAAUUGAAAGGCUAAUUUUUUCAUUUUUCUUUUUUUUUCUCAACCCCAAAACCUGGAAGUUUGUGUGUUUCUAUAUUUUAUGCACUUACGUAUUUAUGUUUAUAUUGCAAUAAAGCCAGUUAAAUGGCAUUGAGGUGGCAUUUAAAAUUUUUUUUUUUUGCUGAGCUAAAAAAACAUCUGAUAGACGAGCAAACAGACAAGAAUAAACACAGCCUUGAGACUAUUGAUCUGUACCUUUCCCAGUACGGGCAUGUCAACACACGUGCACAUUAGGUACACUUGCACAAUACACUUGCCCCUCUAAAUACAAUAAACCGUAAUAUAGUAAUAUUUUGUUUUUAUCAUUUAUCAUGAUUUUGUAUUAUUUUAUAUGGAUUUUUAAAUUUAAUUACAUAAUACUCAAUAAUACUUUCUGAUGCACAUGCAAUUCAUUAAGCGCAAUUCAAAUCAAUCAUGCACAUCUAAAUUAUAUUCACAAAAAAAUGCACUGUGUGUUUUUUCAUGUAUUUAUUCCAGCUGUUUUGAACCAGUACAUACAGUACAGAGCCACAGUACAAUGAUAAUUUGGCUUUUUAAAAAGUGCUUCAUCUCAAAGUGCACAAAAUUCUCAGAUUGUCCCAACACGGUUCCCCUUCCAAGUCUUUCCCUCAUUAUUCUAAAAAUAAUAACAAUACAACUAUUAUAUUAUAUUCUAGUUUCAACAAAAUGAUGCAUUGAAUACAUGCGUAUUUGGUGGAAUAAAUAAAAUGUGCAGGAUUGGAAUGAUGAAUUACAAAUGUUGUUUUAACAAUUUAACAAGCUCCGUUAUGAGUUUUGCUUCCUUUUGUAACGUCCGCUCCUUAACACAACAAGAACGAUGUCCCACACAUCUUGAGUCAGGUUCUGGUGCUGGAUGAUCUCGCUGUUCCCGCUAGUAGUUGGCCACCUCAGAGGGAGGAUGCUGGUUGGUGGAGCAGUGUCCCGCUCUACACAGAAGGAGGAUAUUUUGGGUUAAUGAAGUCAAUUUAGUUAAAUACAUGUAUACUUUUUUUUUAGCUCAACUAAAGUAGUAUCAAUCAAAACUAUCAUUUGGUUUGUUUGUGUAGUAGUAUACCGUAAAAAAACACUUUUUAUGUCAAAAAAAUGUGUAUUUGUACAUAUUUGUGCCUGUUCCUCCAUGCUAAUUUCAUCCAAAAAGCAAAAUUAUUUUGUUAUUAUACACUGCGGAUCAAUAUUUUAAGACCAAUUGAAAAAUUAAAAAAAAAAAAAUUAAAUUUUUGCACUAACAAUUUUAAAGCGCUAACGAAAAGUUUAAGAAAGCAAAAAUCUUGGCAAAAUGUGGAUUCAAUGUCAUUUUCUGUUAGGUAUUCACGUCAUGAUCUGUUGAUGGCAAAGGCAAAAAAAAAACACAGUCGGAUUGUUAAACUGCAUAAGCAAGGCCUUUCUCAGCGCACUAUUUCUGCUCAGAUUGAACACAGUAAGACAUUUUAAACAUUUUUCAAAGAUCCUGAGGGUUACGGAACAAAAAAGUCAAAUGGUAGACCCAAGAAAAUGUCAGUGACGCAGAGCCGGAGGAUAUGAUUCGCUGUCUAGACACGGGAUGAUCUUUUGGUGCCGAGUACAGUCCAACAUCCGCCAUACGUCAUCUGCAUGAGAAAGGUUUUAAGCACAAAAACGUCUUCAAGCCGUCUCCUUAAAUGCCACUAAAUUGCCCGUUUGGAAUUUGCACAAGAGCACCAAACAUGGGAAAAACAUGGAAGUUUUAUUCUCUGUUGAGAAAAAAAUGGAACCUUGAUGGUACAGUAAACCUUGGAUAUAUCGGAUUCAAUUGUUCCCACUGGUUUUGUCCGAUAUAAGCGAAAUCCGUUAUAUGCGUAUACCGGAAAAUGUCCGUUUUACGCAUAUAUCGUAUUUAUAUCCGGUAUAUGCGUUAAUCGGAUUUUAUCCGUUAUAAAAAGGCACUUCCUUGACUAUGUUUCCAAUGUACCUGGACACGCAGGCAAUGCUGCAAACGCUGCAAAUGACGUCGUAUAGCGGCCUGUCACGAUUCGGCGCCACGAUGCGGCCAUCCGAUAUAUGCGAGGGAAAUUUAAUGGAAAUGCAUUGGAACGGGACUGGAGAUUUUGUCCGAAAUAGACGAAAUCCGUUAUAAAAAAUCCGAUAUAUGCAAUGAAUUUUUAUUGGAAAUGCAUUACAGAAAAAUCGGUUCUUUUUUAUCUGUCCGUUGUGAGCGAAUUUCCGAUAUAUCCGAGUCCGAUAUAUCCGAGGUUUACUGUACUGAUGGCUUCCAAUGCUACUGGCAUGACAAGGAGAUCCACCUGAGAUGUUUUCCACACGGUACAGUGGACGGGGUGCCAUUAUAAUCUGGGGUGCUUUUUCCUUCAAUGGGACAAUGGAGCUCCAGGUUGUGCAGGGGUGUCCCUCAAGACUUAAGUCCUUUGUCUGUGUGGUCAUGACUGGCUUUUUCAACAGGACAACACUGCAGUUCACAAUGUCCGCUUGACAAAGGACUUCUUCCUUUGGACCGACAUGCAUAUUUUCCUCAUCUAAAUCCAAUUGAUAACAUUUGGGGAUGGAUGGCAAGGAACAUUUCUAAAAAUGAGAGAUGAGUGGAUGGCCUCCUUGAAGCCAUCUUCACCAUCUGGACCAACAUUCCCACUAGCCUGCCUGAAACGCUGGCAUCAACCAUGCUAAAACCAAUUUUCUCUCCCUAAGAUUAAACAGUGCAAAAUGUCAAUUCUUGCAGUUUUUCAUUCAUUAUUAUAAUGAAAUAAUUUAGCUUUACCGACACAAUUGGCAUGGAGGAACAGGUACAAAUAUGUAAAUAAAAAGAUUUACAAGCAAGUCAAAUGCAAGAUAUAGUUAAUGAGCAAACUGUAUUACAUAAGAAAAAAAAAAAAAACUCCAAAGGAGUCAGUGCCUCAACAGCCAUAAACCUCAUCACACGUGGCUAAUUCCUGCUGUAAAAAGGUGCUGGUGGCAUACGAAAACGUGCAGUCUCAAAAGUUGUAUGAUUUUCUUUUCCCAAAGGCCAAAACUUUUGACCUUUUUUUCCACAAAUAAACAGCAAAAAAAUUUUUUUUUAAAUGCUUGCACUGUAGAACAUAACUUAAGGAAUUAAACAAAAAGAUUUCACUAUAAAAAAAUCGGUAUAGCAUUAAAAAAAAACACUAAUAUGACUAAAAACUGCCUUGAAAGUUUUUUUCUUUUUUUUUUUUAUGUAAAGAGCUGCUGGUGGCAUACGAAAACGUGCAGUCUCAAAAGUUGUAUGAUUUUCAUUUCCCAAAGGCCAAAACUUUUGACCCUUUUUUCCACAAAUAAACAGCAAAAAAAUUAAAAAAAAUGCUUGCACUGUAGAACAGAACUUAAGGAAUUAAACAAAAAGAUUUCACUAUAAAAAAUCGGUUAUAGCAUUAAAAAAAAACUAAUAUGACUAAAAACUGCCUUGAAAGUUUUUUUCUUUCUUUUUUUUUUUUUUUUUACAAUUUCCGCUAAAAUAUUGAUUUUAAUUU